UUUUCUUGAUGGUUGAAGAUUCAGCUUCAAACGAAGAACUGAUAGCUGGAGUUGACAACUAUUUUGCAGGCCUGGAGGAAACUCAUUUUCGAGAUGGGAUCAAGGCACUGGAAUUGUGUCGGAACAAGUGCAUUAACCUACAAGGAGACUACAUCAAAAAAUAUAAAAAGUUUCAGCGAUAUCUCAUCCCACUCUUACUUGAAAAGUUUAGGGACCUACAACACUUGACACAGUUUUGCAAGCCCAGCAGCCAGGGCUUGCUACAUGAAAACAGCCAUUUUAUGAGACGAAAAAAAUCAAAGAGCAAGUGUCAGAAAAAAGCAAAGUAUUUGGUGCAGCAGUGAGAACUAAAGACAUCGCCUUAAAUGUAUUAUUUCAGUGUCACAUAUCUGACAUUCAUUGUUGUUUCUGAUAAUAGUGUGUAGUAAACUUGAAAAUUGG